AUGGCCUUCACAACCACCACCAACCCCGCAGAGGGCCAAACCUCUACAGCAGCAGCCAUUCGCAACUACAUGGCUCACGAAGUCUACCUCGGCUACGACGAAUGCGUACGCCCGGACAUCGACACAAAAUGGAUUGUCAUUCUACACGGCACAAUCACCAAGUCCUGCACGUGGUACACGACCCAAACGCUCCCCAAGCUCGACGGGUACUACAAGCUCGUCCGGCGGUCGAUUCGCGACGUCGAGGGUAAGAACGAGCAUAAGCACAUCAAGUGCGAGUACGCGAUCAGCAAGACUCGGAUUGGGAAGAUCGGGUGGGAUGAGCGCGUGCUGUUUGAUGCGUUGUUUGAGGCGACGGAGGCGCAGAGAAGUCGGAGGGCGGUUGUGGAUUGGUUGGAGAGGGUUGCGGAGGAGGGGUUGUUGGAUCGUGAGGUGUUUAGGAGGGUUAUGCGGGAGUUUGAGAUGUUGAGGUAG